AUGCUCUCAUCAGCACUGCUCACAGUCGCCGGAGCGGCGCUGGCGUCCGCGCACAUUGUUAUCACGUAUCCCGGGUGGAGAGGCAACAACCUAAUUACGAACGAGUCGUUCCCAUAUGGCAUGCAAUGGAUGUAUCCAUGCGGUGGAAUGGAAGCGACAGCAAACAGGACGUACUGGCCGACAGUAGGCGGCGCCAUCGCCUUCCAGCCGGGCUGGUUCCAGGGACACGCAACGGCCAUGAUCUACAUCAACAUGGGCUUCGGCACCGAAGGACCCGAGCUCGGACCGAAAGGCGGGCCCCCGAACAUGAGCUUCCCCAUGAUCACUCCCUUCCAGAUUCUCGGCCCCACAAAGAACCCCUAUCCGGGCACCGUCUGCUUGCCGCAGGUGCCGCUGCCCGCCAACACGGUUGUCAAGCCUGGCGAUAAUGCCACCAUCCAGGUGGUCGAGUUGGCGGUUCAUGGCGCCGCUCUCUACUCCUGUGUCGAUAUCACCUUUGUCGAGCCCGGCGACCCGCGCCUGGCAGAGGUUAACGAGACCAACUGCUUCAACACCACCGAGAUUGGCGUCGCUGAUAUCUACUCAAUCACUCUCCGCGCAUCGGGCCAGACAGUGAAUGGUGCGACCAGCGGCGCCGGGCGCACAUUCCGGGUCGGUGGCAAUGUGCUUGCCUAUAUCGGGUAUCUUCCUCUGCUAGUGGGCGGGCUGUGGGCGCUACUGUGA